CGGCCCCUGAAAAGCGGGGUCCCGGCGGGCUGCGGCGGCCAGAGCGGGGGCGCGAUGGAGAAAAGCAGCUUCGCCAUGGCCAAAUUCGGGCUGGAGCCCAAGCGGGCGAUGCCCAAGCGCGACUGCGGCUUUUACCUCAAGUACAUCUUCCUGUUCACGUCGCUGAUCCAGUUCCUGAUCAUCCUGGGGCUCGUGCUCUUCCUGGUGUACGGCAACGCCCAGGCGGGCACCGACUCGCACCUGAGGCUGCUGGAGGAGCGGCUGCAGAGCCACUACCGCCGCGUGGUCGCCCUGGACGCCAGCAACGCCAACCUGAGCCGGGCGCUGAACGCCACGCGGAGGGACAAGGACAGGCUGCAGGGGCUGGCGCUGAAGGCGCACAGGGAGCUGGAGAGGUGCAACAGCAGCCAGGCGGCCCGCGGCAUCCCGCAGCUGCAGGAGCUCCUGUUCCAGCAGGUGAAGCUGGUCGAGUGCAAGGUGACCACCACCCUCAUCAACACCACCUGCAACGCCGAGAAGCUGCAGCUGCAGCGGCAGCUGGACCAGGCCAGCUCGUCCAAGAAAACCCUGGAGGACGGCGGGCGGCAGAGCCAGGCCCAGCUGGCCAAAGCCACCCAGGAGAGGGACAGGUGCCAGGAGGAGCUGCAGAGCGCCAGGACGCGCGACGAGCUGAGCAGGAUGGAGCUGGAGGUGCAGCGGCACCGCUGCGGCUCGCUGCAGAGCGACCUGGGCGAGAAGCUGCCGCGCGUCGCGGAGCUGGUGAAGCAGCUGCGCUGCGGCGACGCCGAGGCCGAGCUGCGGCAGAUCCGCGAGCGCGUGGAGGGGCUGCUGCGGCGGCAGCAGGAGCGCGACUCGCAGUUCGUCUGGAGGAGCAGCUGCGAGCUGAGCGUGCAGCAGUGCCGCCUCAACUGCUCCCGCGACCUGCAGGAGCUGCGCAGGAGCCUGCAGGGCCUGCAGCAGCGCCACAAGGACGGCGAGGAGGAGAGCAAGAGGCUGCAGGCCGAGAAGGACAAGGCGCUGAAGGAGAUGGAGGACAAGAGGAAGGCGGCGGCGGCGCUGGCGGAGUCGCUGAGGGAGCAGCUCGGGAUCUGCAUGGGAACCAAGAUGUCCCAGCAGGACCUGCCGGGCUCGCGGGCGCUGGGCAGCGCCGGCCACUCGGGCUCUUUCCUCAGCAUGGGCACCAACAUGGAGCUCCUGAGGAGCCUGGCCACCCUGGGCACCAUGGAGAUGCAGAACCCGGCGGAGCUCCAGCGGAUGCUGCAGCUGGUGGAGCAGCACAUGACCACCCUGAAGAACGCCAGCGGAUAAGGCUGGAAAAGCCCAGGAAAAGCAGGAGAGCCGCCCAGGAGGUGCUUCCCGCAGCACGGAUGGCAACCCCGGCCCAGGGCCACGCUCCCCGUGUCCCCGUGUCCCCGUGUCCCCGUGUCCCCAGCCCCGCGUGUCCCCUCGAUGUAUCCCCGCCUUUCGGCUGGAGCGGGACAACAGCCGGCCCCGAAUCUGGGGACAACUCGCCG